AUGGGGCACGUCACUAUGCAGACCCGUCGUCCAGAUGGGGCACGUCACUAUGCAGACCCGUCGUCCAGAUGGGGCACGUCACUAUGCAGACCCGUCGUCCAGAAAAGGGAAUGUCACUAUGCAGACCCGUCGUCCAGAAGGGGGGCGUCACUAAACGGACCCGUCGUCCAGAAAGGUGCAAGUCACUAUGCAGACCAGUCGUCCAGAAGGGGGCACGUCACUAUACAGACCCGUUGUCCAGAACGGGGGAACGUUCAAUACAGACCCGUUGUCCAGAAAGGGUGCAAGUCAACCUAUGCAGACCAAAGGUCGUCCAGAAGGGGGCACUUCCACUAUACAGACCCAGUUCGUCCAGAAAAGGGCCAAGUCACUUACAAAGGGGAACCCGGGUCCAGAAAGGGGAACGUCACUAUACAGACCAGUCGUCCAGAAAGGGACAUGUCACUAUGCAGACCCGUCGUCCAGAAGGGGGAACGUCACUACACAGACCUGUCGUCCAGAAGGGGGCACGUCACUAUGCGGACCCAUCGUCCAGAAAGGGGCAAGUCACUAUGCAGACCCGUUGUCCAGAAAGGGGCACGUCACUAUGCGGACCCGUCGUCCAGAAAGGGGAACGUCACUAUGCGGACCCGUCGUCCAGAAGGGGGCGGACCUGUCAUCCAGAAGGGGGCACGUUACUAUGCGGACCCGUCGUCCAGAAAGGGGCACGUCACUAUGUUGACCCGUCGUCCAGAAAGGGGAACGUCACUAUGCAGACCCGUCGUCCAGAAAGGGGCACGUCACUAUGCAGACCCGUCGUCCAGAAAGGGGAACGUCACUAUGCAGACCCGUUGUCCAGAAAGGGGCACGUCACUAUGCAGACCCGUCGUCCAGAAAGGGGAACGUCACUAUGCAGACCCGUUGUCCAGAAAGGGGAACGUCACUAUGCAGACCCGUCGUCCAGAAAGGGGAACGUCACUAUGCAGACCCGUCGUCCAGAAAGGGGCACGCCACUAUGCAGACCCGUCGUCCAGAAAGGGGAACGUCACUAUGCAGACCCGUCGUCCAGAAAGGGGCACGUCACUAUGCAGACCCGUUGUCCAGAAAGGGGCAUGUCACUAUGCAGACCCGUCGUCCAGAAAGGGGCACGUCACUAUGCAGACCCGUCGUCCAGAAAGGGGCACAUCACUAUGCAGACACGUCGUCCAGAAAGGGGCACAUCACUAUGCAGACCCGUCGUCCAGAAAGGGGAACGUCACUAUGCGGACCCGUCGUCCAGAAGGGGGCACGUCACUAUGCGGACCCGUCGUCCAGAAAGGGGCACGUCACUAUGUUGACCCGUCGUCCAGAAAGGGGCACGUCACUAUGCAGACCCGUUGUCCAGAAAGGGGCAUGUCACUAUGCGGACCCGUCGUCCAGAAAGGGAACGCCACUAUGCGGACCCGUCGUCCAGAAAGGGAACGCCACUAUGCGGACCCGUCGUCCAGAAAGGGAACGCCACUAUGCGGACCCAUACAUGCCCCGUUAUUGAACCCUAUCCGUCUGCUGGGGAUGUUUUCUCCGCAAAAUGGGCCAUUUACUUUCAUAUGUAUAAGUCACUGUGGGUUGGUAUCGUUGGAUGUAGACGGGACAUUCAUGGUGAUGACAUUUAUUUGA